AUGUUCGUUGAGGAACACCAGCAGGUUGCAAUAUCCUCUGGAGUCGGAAUGAUGAUAGGACUGAACCCAAUAUUCUUCAACUUUAUGGAAUGGAUUGAAAUUCAGAAACCUGUUAGGAGUGGACUCGGGGAAGGCAUCAUCCACGUUGAUAUGAGGAGCAGCUACUCCAUAUAUCGGCAUAAAUGCGUGUUUAAAUUUAGGUUCAAGCAACCAGGAAAGCCCCCAAGAAGCCCCCGGGCAAUGCUUUUCAUAAAGAUGGAAAGAUACCCUCGCACGGUGGGAAAUUCUAUCUAUGCCAACGACCACGAGGACGAUGAAAUCUCUACCAAGCAAGUCGAUGGGAUCGUGGUACCAGAGUCCGGCUCGGGCGAUGUGUACAGCUGUGGCAGGCAAGGUGCACCAAUUGGCACCCAAGGCUCGUUCGACCCGGUCGAUCAAGACACCCUCCAGGAAGUCUGCACCACCAGCUGCGCAAGCCCGUAUAGCAGGUGUGGUCAUCUGAGCGCUUCAGGUGUCAAUAGAAAUUAUAGCUGCGGCAUCGCCGCAGUCAGCUCGAAUGGUCCCGCCAAUUUCGUUGAUAUAAACGUUGUAGAGCUGUGA